AUGCUUCGACACUGCAGGCGUCUUUAUCUUUGUCACAUUCGCCCCCUUGUUUCAUUCCGUUCAUUAAGCAGUGCAUCACCUCUUUACAAACGCAUUACUCAAGCUAAUGCAGAAGUUCUUUUUGCUGAAUUACCUCCAUCUCUACCACCUUUGGAAUCAAGGCAGGCAGCUUCUGGGUCAAUGGUACUAGAUACUGUCCGAGAAUAUACAAAAAAAUACCCACUCUGUGUACUGCUGAUUCAAGUAGGAGACUUUUACGAGCUCUAUGAAUCUCAUGCUACUCAUUACGCAGCCCAACUGGAUCUCAAGUUGACAAAGAAGGACAUGGCAACAGGUGUAACCGUUGAUUUUGCGGGAUUCCCGUUACGGUCUUUAGAUCGCUAUUUAGACAUGCUAGUCAACCGACUGGGGUGCAGGGUGGCAUUGUGCGAGCAACAUGGCACGGCCACUCGGGAUGAUGGAUCCGUUAUGGGAAAACGGCGACGAGUCACGCGGAUCAUCACUCCAGGUACGGUGAUCGAAGAGCGGUUUUUGGAUGCAAUUUCUAGCAAUUAUCUCCUCGCUGUCUUGCCUUCGACGACCUUUGGAAAGAAAAAUGACGAUGACGACAAUGAUGAUGAUUAUGAGGUGGGACUGGCGUGGAUUGACUUAUCUGUGGGUGAGUUUGUUCUUCAACAAAGUCGAUUACAGGCAUUCAAAGACGACGUGGCACGAAUUCGGCCACGCGAAGUAAUCCUUCCCACAUGGAUGAAACCUCGUACAGGAGGAGGAGGAGGAGGAGGAGGUGACAGUCAUCCUAUCAUGCAAAGCUUGGGUCAGGACCCAUCUAUAGCCAUUACAUAUCAGGGCGAUGCUACGUUUGACUCGCAAAAAGGACAUGAACUCUUGGAAAGCAUCAUCUCUACACCGGAUGCAACAAAACAAGAUGAUGUCGAUCAUUCGUUUGAAAAGGAAGAGGAAGCAGUGCUGUCCGACGGGUUAGAUGUGGCAGCAGCUGUGGCACUAUUGCAUUACAUUGACAGUACUCACAUGGGAGAACGGCCGAGACUACAACGCCCAGUACGUUUCAGCCCGGAAGCAAUGUUGCGGAUCGACAGUGCAGCAAUGGGAUCACUAGAACUUGUGCGGAGUUUAAAGGAUGGCCGAAGAGCAGAUAGUCUAUUGGGAACCAUAGAUUGUACGAUCACAAGUGCCGGAUCACGCCUACUAACGACCUGGUUGACAUCACCGCUAACAUCAAUGGGAAGAAUCAACACACGAUUGGAUAUUGUGGAUUUCUUUGCAUCGGAACCUAACAUUCUGGGUAGCAUCCGACGCACGCUCCACCUCAGCACAGACGCACAGCGGGCCCUCCAACGGCUAGCGGUUCGGCGCGGACAAAGAUCUGAUUUGGUUGAGAUCAGUAGCACAUUUGAGGCUAUACGCUCCCUUCAGCACCAGAUGGCGUCUGUAUUCUCUGCUCAGCCGCUUGGCAGAUACACAUCAGCAGUCAAGAAACUAUUCAAAACUCUUGAUCCACACCAGGAUCUUGUUGACUUUAUCCAGAGUGCUGUAAAUCCAGAUUGGAUACCAGACAAAGAGAGGGAAAGGGCAUAUGGGUAUGUUAACCGUAACUUCAAUCCAGAGCUGAAGAAACUCCACAGACGUCUCGACCAGCUUGAAAGUGAGCGGGACAGGAUCACAAGUGAACUCAAGGCAAUGUGCGGCAAUUCUGUCAAUCUCGUGAGCCAAGGACCUUACAAACACAUUGUUGAGCUAAAUGCAUCACAGGCUGCUAAACUAACGAGUGUAUAUUCAUGUACGCUUGUUAACAAAACCAAAUCCAAACACCGUUACCAAACCGACUUUUGGACGCCACUCUCGGUUCAAAUAGAAACCCACCAGAAUCUGCUGGUUGAGAUGGAAAGGCAGGUGUUUGAGCAAGUGGUCCAGAGAGUGCUCGAUCACUCUUCAACUGUCCUGGACAGCUGCAAGUCAAUGGCCCAACUCGAUGUUCUUACUUCGUUUGCCUGGCUCUCUCGUGAACGGCGGUAUGUGAGGCCGACUCUGAGUCUGGCGAAUCAGACGACCAUUGUUGGAGGCCGGCACCCUGUAGUAGAGGCACACCUGGCGCGCAAAGGGCGUGAGUUUGUAAAGAACGAUCUUAAUCUUGGCCAGGAUCAGAGUGUAUGGUUGCUCACGGGUCCUAAUAUGGGAGGAAAGAGCACAUUUUUGCGCCAGAAUGCAGUAAUUGUGCUCCUGGCACACAUUGGGUGUUUUGUACCCGCAAAAUAUGCGGAUAUCGGGAUCACUGACAGGAUAUUCAGCCGAGUGGGCGCUUCGGAUAACCUUGCCCAGGACCAGUCGACAUUUAUGGUCGAGAUGGUCGAGACGGCCACGAUCUUACAGCAAGCGACUGCCCGUUCGAUGGUGAUUAUGGAUGAAGUUGGCCGAGGAACAUCUACAACCGACGGGUUCUCGCUUGCAUAUGCAAUUCUCUAUGACCUCUGUAGUCGGAUCGGGUGCAGGACCUUAUUUGCAACUCAUUACCAUGAGCUAGCGCGCGAACUUGACAACAAAGAACACUCUGCCUUUGACAAGAUAAAGUGUUUCAUGACCAGUCUACAUGAGAGCGAGGACGGAAGCUUUAUAUUCUUACAUCAUGUUCAACCAGGUGUCUGCACCCAAUCUCAUGGACUCAAGGUGGCUCAACUAGCAGGCCUACCACCUUCUGUAGUCCAUAUGGCACAGGGAAUGUGGGCUCAUUUAAAUCAAACAGGUUCCAUGAGCCCUAAGCCCUACUCGAUCUAUUCAAAACAGAAAGAUGAUCAUGAAAAGGACGUUUUUAUUUAG